AGUAACAACCUUCUCUCUCUUCAACGUCCCAUUUUUAACGUGCCACGCCAUCUUCAGCUCUCAAAUGCGUCUUCUCAGAGGAGAGAGGGCAAAAGAUUUCCAAAAUUCCCAAUUUAGCCCUCUCCGAAUCACUUCUGAAAUAUUGAGUCUCUAUUUAUAAAACCCUGACAUAAAGAAAGAAACCCUCUUCCCCUCAUUUCACUCUCCCAGAGAGAAAGAAAAUCAAAGAAAAUAAGGAAUUUAUUUAUUUAUUUAAUUAUUUUAUUUUAUUUUAUUUAUCGUCCAUGGCCGCCGUUGCAGAGAACGCGAUCCGCUCCGACGAUCAGUUCCUCCAUCGCCCAUCUCCUUCUUCCGCCCCUGUUUCUGCUGCCGCUGCCGCUGAUCCGAAAUCCGAAUUCCAACACGAAGUGCGGAAGCUCGUCGAUUUGCUAUCGAAAUUGAACCCGUCAGCGAAGGAAUUCUUCCCUUCUUCUUACUCCGUUGAGCGGUCGCAGAAUGAUCUCGCUGCUGCGGCCAAUAAGGACUCGAGCAGCGACGGGUCAUCGAAUAGCAAUCGGAGGAAGAAGAAUAACUACAAUCAUUGGAAGAGGAGGUCAAAUGGGAGGAGUAUUCGAGCUCAAAGAGAAGAUAGCGUUCGCCGAACUGUAUAUGUUGCUGAUAUCGAUCAGCAUGUCACUGAAGAGCGGCUUGCUGCAUUAUUUGAUAAUUGUGGACAAGUAGUUGACUGCCGUAUUUGUGGCGACCCCCAUUCAGUUCUCCGAUUUGCUUUUGUAGAGUUUGCUGAUGAGCAAGGUGCAAUGGCAGCCCUAAGCCUUGCUGGGACUAUGCUAGGUUUCUAUCCUGUCAGGGUUUUACCUUCAAAGACUGCUAUCUUGCCCGUGAAUCCCACAUUUCUUCCAAGGUCAGAGGAUGAACGGGAAAUGUGUGCAAGGACGGUUUAUUGUACCAAUAUCGAUAAGAAGUCUAAGACUGGGACUUUGGGUGCAGGUUUCUCAAGCAGAUGUAAAGAUUUUCUUUCAAUCAAUAUGUGGUUUCUCGCCUACGGCUUCUGGGAGAUCAAGUGCACUCAACACGCAUUGCAUUUGUUGAGUUUGUUCUGGCGGAUAGUGCCAUUAUUGCACUGAGCUGUAGUGGGAUGAUUUUGGGAGCUCUCCCAAUUAGGGUAAGUCCUUCAAAGACACCAGUGAGGCCUCGUCUCCCGCGUCCAAUGUUGCAUUUAACUCAGGUUCAUCGCUAAGGACCGUCUGAUCGCUUGAUUCCUCCUGAGAGACGCUGACAUGUUGAAAGGGUGGUGAAGACCAUGGUUUUCAACAUAUAACCAUCCUUUUUUAUUGGCAAAAUACAUUGUCUAAAAAACUGAACAUGGCCCACCUGCACAGGUUUUUCGAGUUUUAUUGACCCUCUUUGCAGCUUUUUGCUC